AUGAAGACUCCAGAGCCAGAUGAUGGAGUAAAAAUCUGCCAGGUCAGAGAGUCAGAAGCUGGCAUACACACAUCAUCCCCCAAAACUGUCUUAAGCAAGAAGCAGGCCAAGAAGGAAGAGGAGAUGCUGACCAGAGAGCUGCAGCUCAUUACCCAAGAGAGAAAUGAGCUGAGAGAUCGCCUGAUGUAUGUCACGGAGGGAGCCAUGAACAAGAGGCCCUACUAUAGGCCAAAUCCAUUCUAUGAAAAACUGAAGUUAAAAAAGAAGGAGAUCAUGUCAUUUCUGCACAACUUAGAGAUGGAGAACAUUGAGGCCCGACAGAAAUUCGAGGAGCACAAGAAGGAGAUCAACUUCUAUCAGAACCUGCACAGCCGGCUCCUGAUACAGAAAGACCUUAUGAAUAAGAGGUUGGCCGAACUGAAGCAGGAGAACAAGGAAGUACAUGCUGAUUGGACCAUCAUUCAGCAAUACCUGAUUGACUUGAACCUGAAUGAUAAAUUCGAAAAGGAGAAGGCCAGAAUUCUCCAGGACCAACAACAUCAGGUCUCCAAAACUGUAGCAAAAGCUGAAAUUUCCACAUCUCUGGAAGAGGGCCUACUGCAGAAUGAGUUGCCAACUCAGGAGACCCCUGCUGAGCUCCAUCCUCAACAGCCACAAAAUUCCUUGGAGGAAUCUUCUUCUACAUAA